CCGCCGCCGCCGCUGCCUCCGCCUCCGCCUCCGCCGCAGGGUGUGGAGCCCGCCGCCGCUCGCGGGCUGCGCGUCUGCCGCCGCCGCCGCCGCCGCCGCCGCCGUCGCUGCCACCGCCGCCUCCGCCUCCCAGCCUCCGCCUCCCAGCCUCCGCCAUGGACCUGUUCGGGGACCUGCCGGAGCCCGAGCGCUCGCCGCGCCCGGCUGCGGGGAAAGAAGCUCAGAAAGGAUCUCUGCUCUUUGAUGAUCUCCCUCCGGCCAGCAGUACUGACUCAGGAUCGGGGGGACCUUUGCUUUUUGAUGAUCUCCCACCAGCCAGCAGUGGUGAUUCAGAAAGGAAGAUUCUUUUACAUACACAUUGGGAAAACUGGAACACAAACAGUUCUCUUGACACUUCGAUAUCCCAGGUGGUAAAGAAUGAAGGGAAAGGAGCAAAGAGAAAAACCUCUGAAGAAGAGAAGAAUGGCAGUGAAGAGCUUGUGGAAAAGAAAGUUUGUAAAGGCUCUUCGGUGAUCUUUGGUUUGAAAGGCUAUGUAGCUGAGCGGAAGGGCGAGCGGGAGGAGAUGCAGGACGCCCAUGUCAUCCUGAAUGACAUCACCGAGGAGUGUAGGCCCCCCUCCUCCCUCAUUACCCGGGUUUCAUAUUUUGCUGUUUUCGAUGGACAUGGAGGAAUUCGAGCCUCAAAAUUUGCUGCACAGAAUUUGCAUCAGAACUUAAUCAGGAAAUUUCCUAAAGGAGAUGUAAUCAGUGUAGAGAAAACCGUGAAAAGAUGCCUCUUGGACACUUUCAAGCAUACUGAUGAAGAAUUCCUGAAGCAAGCUUCAAGCCAGAAGCCUGCCUGGAAAGAUGGGUCCACUGCUACCUGUGUUCUGGCUGUAGACAACAUUCUUUAUAUUGCCAACCUCGGAGAUAGUCGGGCAAUCCUGUGUCGUUACAAUGAGGAGAGUCAAAAACAUGCAGCCUUAAGCCUCAGCAAGGAGCAUAAUCCAACCCAGUAUGAGGAACGAAUGAGAAUACAGAAGGCUGGAGGGAAUGUCAGGGACGGGCGUGUCCUGGGUGUGCUGGAGGUGUCCCGCUCCAUUGGGGAUGGGCAGUACAAGCGCUGUGGGGUCACUUCUGUGCCAGAUAUCAGACGCUGCCAGCUGACCCCCAACGACAGGUUUAUUUUGCUGGCCUGUGAUGGCCUCUUCAAGGUCUUUAACCCAGAAGAAGCCGUGAACUUCAUCUUGUCCUGCCUUGAGGAUGAGAAGAUCCAGAGCCGAGAAGGGAAGCCCGCCGUGGACGCCCGCUACGAAGCCGCCUGCAACAGGCUGGCCAACAAGGCGGUGCAGCGGGGCUCGGCGGACAACGUCACCGUGAUGGUGGUGCGGAUAGGGCACUGAGGUGCUGCGGGCCGGGGCGCGGCAUGGUGUUGACUUCCAAUGUUCAUUUUGUGUGUUGUGCACAUUAUGUGUUUCGUGUACUCCUGUGGGAUUCCCAUGGUUGUAAAUAAAGGUUUUUUUUUUUUUUUUCUAGA